UGAGAGCCAAUCAGAUUGCAAGGAUAGCCAGUGAUUUCAAAAUGGAUUUAAUAAAAAUUUUAAUGACGCAGUUUCGUCGAAUAGAUGAUAUAUAUAUGUCGACUCUUAAGAUAUAUUUAUUCCAAUACUAGAUACUGACGAAACAGCUCUCGGACGCACACGCCGACUCAAACCCCCACCGUGGUACAAGGUGGAAAGGAUGGUGCCCCCCUUGGAUGCAAAUAGAAAGACAUCACUAUCCUGGCUACCAUUAAAUAAAUCUUUUCUGAAACCUUUUUGUCUUUCCUGUGGAAUUACACUGGUCAUUUGCGCCUGCUAUAUACAGAUAACCAGUAUCCUAGACAACGGAAACAUACACAUCUACGAUCGAUCACUUUCUCGGCACAGGGAAACGAUAAAACAGUCCAGUAGUUCAGCUCCCAAAAAGAAGGUGAAGGAAAUUGCGCGGCGGCCCGGGAAAAAGAUUUUCAUCGCUUUUGAUUACUGGGAGCAACUGACGAUGGCUACAAAUAACUUCCUUGAUCUGACAGCCCUUGCUGCGUAUGGUGGACGACAAGUUGUCCUUCCAUUUGUAAAAGACUCGCGUUUUUACGGCCAAUCCACUGAGAAGGGUUUUGAAACACUCGCACUGUACUAUAACGUGUCUGCACUCAAUCGCACGCUUCGUUCGCACGAUCAUGGUACGCUUAUAAGCUGGAAAGAGUUUCAAGACGUCUGCCAAGGGAAACUGGACGUACUGGUACAUUUUGAUUACACGAACUUAAGUAAGAGCAAGAAAUAUAAUCGAACCACACGCGCAUUUUUUCCUUGCAACGAACGCCACGGGAAAACAUUUGGGGAUUUGAAAGUUGAAAGAACAAUUUGCAUGAAUGUGUUUGCGGUUGAUUCAGUAGGAAAAUUCGAGAAUGAAGUUAUAGAGAAGUUGCCAUGUGUUGGCUUGGCUGAAUGGAGAGGAAGUAAUAACAAAAGAUCAUUUCGAGCACAAUUUAAUUUGUCACCAGUUGUAACAGAUCGUUUGCACUUUCGGGACGCAGCCAUUUUCUUUAGUCCAAAACUCCUUCAAGUCGCGCGAGAUUUCAUCGCAAAAAGUCUUGGCCCAUUUUUUGUCUCUGCGCACAUUCGUGCAGAAAAGAUGCUAAAGUUUGGAACUACUUUUAACAGUAGUGUAGCGGUCAAGGAGUGUAUAUCAAACUUAACGACGCUAGUUCAAAGGUACAAGAAUACCAGUACGGUUCCCAUACCUCUUUUCUUAGCCACCGAUUUCGCAGACUAUGGAAGUUCGUCUUAUCGUGCAAUAGUUGCCCGAAAAAACGCUAAGUCAUUGAUGAAGAUUUUAACUCCUCUAAAACCAAUUAUUUUUGAGCCUUCAAUUUACAAUCUUACGGAUCGAGGUGCCGUGGCCAUUGUGGAAUUGAAUAUUCUGGUGUCUUCAAAGCGUUUAUUUGUAGUAGGAGGCGGCUCGUUUCAAACGUGGCUAGCUGACAAAUUCCUUAAUGAGAACGACACUGACCACAAAUCCACAGCUACGUGUCAAAAUGAACUGUGCCACAGAUUGUGUUGUUUAUAAUUUAUCAGUAGAGGACUAGCAUGACUUUUCAGACUCACCAUUACCAUUUUAUACAGGCAACUCGCUGACAUGAUCUGAUAAAGUGAUUAACGAAUUUGAAUUGGCCGAAUCCAAUAUAUCUUAUAUAAAAAAACUGGAUUUAUUAGACAGUUGGGGAUAUUAGUAGCUACCAUGUUACUUUGCAUUUUCUAUGAAGCCCGCCAGUCUUUGUAAACUCAAUUAUUUGAGUUUACAAAUCUCAUAAAAAAUAUCUGAUGAAUAUCUGAUAUAUGCUUGGGUUCCUGAAGCUCCUGCGUAAAAAUCGAACAUUAGUUCCAGUGUCAGGGAAACGCCCUACAAUCUGAGAGGCGCUGGCGUCAAUUUAUCUUUACCCAAAUUCAACUUAAAGUUUAUGAAGAACUCGUUUACCUAUAUUUGUGCGCGGCUGUGGAAUAGAUUAACUACACUGAGUGAAACUGGCAGCGAUAGUUCUAAUUUUAGGAUUAAAUUGAGAACUGUAGACCUUUGACUGUAUAUUUACAGGCCUAUCGUUAUUCCAUUCAGAUUUCUGCUGUGAACAUUGCUGAAUUUUUAGUGUUAAUAGUAUACAUAUUAAUAUAUGAUUAGAUAGAUAGAUAGAUAGAUAGAUAGACACCUUUAUUUUAAAGUAAAAAUCUAAAGGUAAAAAUUUAGACAUAUUUUAUACUGUGGAUACUUAACUGUAUUGUUUUUGUGACAAUGUAACUUAUUUUAUUAUUAUUAUUUUCUUUAGGUGCAUACACGUUCGUAUUUUGAUCGAGCUUAGUAUACUUAGCUGUUAGACGCAACGUGUUUAAAUAAAGUGUUAUUUGAUUGA